AAGAUGACGAGGAGACCAAGUAGUCUUAAUAAGACCUAUGUCCCAAAGGCACGCCAACCCCUACCCAAAACCUCUCACCCAAUAAACUAAAAAACAAACAAGCAAAGAAAGGAAUACGCAACGCAGCGUACGCCCGCCCUAUAUAUCCCUCUUCGCUACCACCAUUUCAUUUCCCCUUCCCCCCCCUUUCUUUUCUUGAUUAAAACAUACACAUCAACAACAGUUUGCUCUUUAACUCUCUCUCUUUCAAGAACCAAAAAGCAGUUGCUCCUUUUUCUCUCUCUAAAAUGGCAAAUCUUCUUCCCAAGAUUUUCAUGUUACAUAUUCUUCUCGGAUUCGUUCUAACUUUAUCAGGUUUCGAUUUUCUUCAAAGAGUAGAAUCAUUGGGCAUUAACUACGGCCAAGUUGGCAACAAUUUACCACCCCCGGAGAAAGUUCUUGAUCUCUUGCGAGCACUUAAGCUGACGAAAGCUAGAAUCUACGACACAAACCCUCAAGUUUUGACAGCAUUUGCCAACUCCAGCAUCGAACUCAUCGUCACUGUUGAAAAUGAAAUGCUCGCCACAUUGAUGGAUCCCAACCAGGCCCUUCAAUGGGUGUACACCCGCAUUCGACCCUAUUUUCCAGCCACCCGGAUCACCGGAAUCGCUGUCGGAAAUGAGGUUUUCACCGGCGAUGACACCACACUCAUAACUUACCUCGUACCUGCCAUGGUGAGCAUCCAUGCGGCUUUGGUGCGAUUAGGACUGGAUCAAUUCAUUCAAGUCUCGACACCCAAUAAUUUAGCGGUUCUCCAAGAGUCAUUCCCGCCGUCAGCAGGGUGUUUCCGGGCCGAGCUCAACGGAAUAAUGCCGCAGUUCUUGCAGUUCUUGGCGACAACAAAAGCCCCGUUUUGGAUCAACGCUUACCCGUAUUUCGCAUACAAAGACAACCCGGAAAAAAUUCCCUUAGACUACGUGCUUUUCAACCCGAAUUCGGGGAUGGUGGACCUCAAUACCAAGCUGCAUUAUGACAACAUGUUGUACGCUCAAGUGGAUGCAGUUACAUUCGCCAUGGCAAAAAUGGGGUAUGGCGGGUUAGAAGUGAGAGUUUCGGAAACGGGUUGGCCGUCGAGAGGCGAUCCGAAUGAAAUCGGGGCCACCCUGGAGAAUGCUGCGAUCUACAAUCGGAAUAUACUGAGAAGGCAACUGGCAAAUGAAGGGACUCCAUUGAGGCCUAAGACGAGAUUGGAAAUUUACGUUUUUGCUCUGUUCAAUGAGGAUAUGAAGCCCGGCCCGACUUCUGAGAGGAAUUACGGUUUGUUCCAGCCCGAUGGGACGAUGGCCUACAAUGUCGGGCUCUCAGCAUUGUCAACAACUACUACUACUUCAUCAACUUCCUUGCCGUCUAUCUCCCUAACUUCCGACGCUACCCGGGUUAAACAAAGAGGAUAUGAAAGCUUCCUGUAUUCAAUAUUCCUAUAUUUGCUGGCCUUGCAAGUUUUUAUGAGAAGACAUUGGUAAACAAUAAGGACUGUGCGUGUAAAUAUCUGAUUUUGCUGCAGGAGGAUCAUAAUACUCCCUUUGGCACUUAACCUGAUCUGAUCAUGAUGGCAAAAUUUCAUAGCUAGAGAUCAAUUCUUGGAUGAGAUUUUUAUUCAUCAUCAAUUACCCCAGAACACAGUCAUGCACCUCGUACCUACGUUCUCAACAUCAAGAUCCUAAUAAUUGUUGAAGUGAGGAACUCGACAACCUCAUCAACACAGAAAAUCGAAUUGAAGGAUUCUUUUGUCCGAACCAUUCAAUUUAUUGGCAAUCCAUAUGGUGGAACAACACAUGUACAUUCCUUCAUCUACGUACAUAGCAGUGAUUUGUCCCGGGAUCAAUCAACCUCGUGCGAGUGAGUGCCUUCUAAUUCCGAGAAUGAAGGGGUGAUGAUCAAUGUAGCAAUCAAGAAAUCAAAAUAGCGGGUAUUUGGAAGUUGAUGAAAGCAAGCUAGCUAGAUUCUUCCACCAUUAAUCACACAGGGGAAAUCAUCCGUUAGUUUGAUUAAUUAUAGCUGAUCGCCAUUCCUUUACUAGAAAUAUUAAUUAAUUAUAGCUA